AUGGCGACACAAGAUAUUUCCGCCCACAACACUGAGCCACAGCCAGUCCCCAAGGGAGAAGAAGCUGGAGACGAAUCGCAGGCGCAUCUGGACGAGGGGAGAUUGAGGCAGUUCUUCAUUGGGUCCAUAGACCAAGGAACCACGAGUACCCGCUUCAUCAUCUUUGACGGUCUCGGUGAGCCUGUAGCUCAACAUCAGAUUGAGUUCACCCAAAAAUAUCCUCAGUCAGGAUGGCAUGAACACGACCCAUGGGAAAUAAUCAACACCGUGGAGCAAUGCAUCGAUAGGGCUACGAACAUCUUCCUCGACAACGGACACGAAAUCGAAGACAUCAAGGCAGUCGGCAUCACCAACCAGCGUGAAACAACAGUCGUUUGGGAUACCAAUAGUGGGCUGCCACUAUGCAAUGCGAUCGCAUGGCCAGAUACCAGAACCAAGGGAUUGGUCCGUGAACUGAAAGAUCGCGAAGGCGCCGACGAGCUACUCCAGAUGUGUGGACUUCCCCUGUCGACCUACCCGUCAUCGGUCAAGCUCAGGUGGCUGCUAGACCACAACGACGACGUUCGCAAAGCAUACGACGAGAACCGACUAUCUUUCGGUACUAUCGACUCUUGGAUAUUAUACAACCUGAAUGGUGGAAAAGAGGCCGGAAUUCACGUGACGGAUACUACCAAUGCAUCUAGAACCAUGUUCAUGAACCUGCACACCGUUCAGUACGAUGACAAGCUCUUGGAUUUCUUUGGUAUCGACAAAAACAAGGUUAAGUUGCCAAAGAUCGUGCCGUCUUCUUCGCCAGACGCUUUCGGAUUCCUGCGCACCGGUAUACUGGAAGGCGUUCGCAUCGCAGGGUGCUUAGGUGACCAAUCGUCAGCUUUGGUCGGUCAACAGGGGUUUACGCCCGGCUCUGCCAAGAACACGUACGGUACUGGUUGCUUCCUGCUGUACAACGUGGGCGAAAAGCCGGUCAUUUCGUCGCACGGACUUCUGGCAACGGUCGCAUACGACUUUGGCGGAAAGCGGAAACCCAUGUAUGCGCUUGAGGGCAGUAUCGCGGUCGCAGGCAGUGGUGUCAAGUUCCUCAUGAACAACAUGGGCUUCAUCACGCACUCGCACAAGAUCAGUGACCUGGCAGCGUCUGUGGAAGACAACGGUGGAUGUGUCUUUGUGACAGCCUUCAGUGGUCUGUUCGCUCCUUACUGGAUUGACGAUGCCAAGGGCACUAUAUUCGGUAUCACCCAGUUCACUGAGCGGGGGCACAUCGCUCGCGCGACUUUGGAAGCGACUUGCUUCCAGACCAGGGCCAUUCUGGACGCCAUGGAGCUUGACAGUGGCCACAAGCUCAACAUGCUCGCAGUCGAUGGCGGCAUGAGUAACUCAAACCUUUGCAUGCAGACGCAAGCAAAUAUCAUCGGCAUUCCCGUCGACCGUCCCGCCAUGCGCGAAACCACAGCCCUGGGCGCAGCCAUCGCAGCUGGAUUUGCGGUCGACGUAUGGAAGGAGUUCGACGAAUUGAAGGAGAUUAACCAGAAAGACCGCAUGGUCUUCAAGCCGAAUGUCGAUAAGGAGGUGGGCGAGAAGAUGUUCAAGAAGUGGGGAAGGGCAGUCGAGAUGUGCCGCGGCUGGCUAGAUGCCGGGGAGGCCAAUGGAGAGUUCUCAUGA